CCACCGGCGACGAUACCCCGGCAUAUUCCUCAGAGUGCCUUGUCUUUGAAAGAACGCAACUAUCUGGGCCUGUCGGAUUGUUCUUCUGUCGACAGUUCAACAGUUCCGAAUGUUCCAGAUGACGAGAAGGGCAAUCUCAAUGUCAAGGCUACAGAGCUUAGGCUUGGCCUUCCUGGAUCCCGGUCUUCCGAGGGAGAGUCCGAUUUUGGAUUGCCGAGCCCGAGAACACCAGAUGAGAAACUCCUUUUCCCGUUAGCCCCUUCAAAGGACCCUGCCACAGGGCAUAAGAAUGUCGUUUCUCGUAACAAAAGAGGGUUCUCUGACACCUUGGAUGAGUUUUCGGAGGUGAAAGGCUCCGUCUUUCCUGAGAAAAACUGGAUGUUCAAUUGGGCAGAAUCGAAUCCUGAAACUCCGCAGUCUGCUAGACAAGGAAAGCCUGGGAUCAACAUGAUGAUGCAUCCGUCCAAGAUUGUUGGGAUUCAGCCAGCCACUAAGAAAGAUGCCGUGAAAAAUGUUCGAGAAGAUCGGUCCAAUGCCAAAUCUGGGGAAUGCCAACUUGGCGGUUCUAACACUAACAACAAUGCACCUGCAGCCAAGGCACAGGUUGUCGGUUGGCCUCCCAUCAGAUCCUUCAGAAAGAACACAUUGGCCACUACUUCGAAGAACAACGAUGAAGUUGAUGGGCAGCCUGAACUUGGUCCUCUUUUUGUGAAGGUCAGCAUGGAUGGUGCUCCUUAUCUGAGAAAGGUUGACUUGAAAACAUACACUUCUUACAAAGAGCUGUCCUCGGCACUGGAGAAAAUGUUCAGCUGCUUCACCCUUGGACAAUACAGACCCCAUGGAAUUCCGGGGAGGGAAAGGUUGAGCGAGAUCAAGUUGAAGGAUCUUCUCCAUAGAUCUGAAUAUGUGCUUACUUACGAGGACAAAGAUGGCGACUGGAUGCUUGUUGGAGAUGUCCCGUGGGAGAUGUUUAUGGAGACAUGCCGCAAGCUGAAGAUCAUGAAGGGCUCUGAUGCCAUUGGAUUAGCUCCGAGGGAGACGGAGAAAUCGAAGAACGGUAUCUGAUUCAUAUCGGUAAAGUCCGAAUGCAAGUGGCUCAGACAAGCUUUUGAUUGCACAGUUCCAAUGUCCAGUUUAUGUUGUGUUACCGCUCUCUACUUCCUCAUUAAUCAUUCUAUCUAAUUCGUCUACUUUGGUAUUUGCUUUGUAAUAAUCUAUGAAGUUAUUACAAAACAGUGUUUUGUCCGUGUGGAGUCUUUACGUGUGUCGGCAUUUCGGAACUAAGACAUGCUCUCUCUCUCUAACGUGUGUGCUUGCUUUUGUUCAAACGUUUUCCGUUGUCUUGCUUACUUUCCAAUCUUAA